CCCAUAGGCCCAAUAAGGUGAAACUGUCCCCCCGUGUUUAGCAUCAGCCACUGGUGUCAUCGUGGAACACCCAUUCUCUCUCGUUUAUCGGUUUACUUCUUCGUUCCUUCCUUCCUUCCUCGAUCGUCUCUGUCGCCGAUCUCGUUGCUUCAUUCUCCGAUGGUUGGAGGAGGAGUUAUCCAGCAAAUUCUCAGGAGAAAGCUUCACUCCCAAUCAGCCGCAACUCCUGUCCUGUCGUGGUUUGCUUCGAAGAAAGUUCAUGAGGAUGCUGCUGCCUCGUCUUCUGGUGUGAGAGCACUUGCUCUCUUGGGUGCUGGAGUUACAGGGCUGUUGAGUUUCUCCACGGUUGCAUCUGCUGAUGAGGCCGAGCAUGGGUUGGCGUGUCCGGACUACCCUUGGCCUCAUGAUGGCAUUCUCAGCUCUUAUGACCACGCUUCGAUCCGUCGUGGGCAUCAAGUUUAUCAGCAAGUCUGUGCUUCUUGCCAUUCCAUGUCUCUGAUCUCGUACCGAGAUUUGGUGGGUGUUGCCUACACUGAGGAAGAGGCCAAAGCAAUGGCAGCUGAAAUCGAGGUUGUUGAUGGACCUAAUGACGAGGGUGAGAUGUUCACCCGUCCUGGCAAGCUCAGUGACCGCUUGCCUCAGCCUUAUGCUAAUGAAUCAGCUGCAAGGUUCGCUAAUGGUGGAGCGUAUCCUCCUGAUCUCAGUCUUAUCACCAAGGCACGUCACAACGGUCAAAACUACGUAUUUGCUCUUCUGACGGGUUACCGCGAUCCUCCUGCUGGCAUUUCAAUUAGAGAGGGGCUACACUACAAUCCUUAUUUCCCUGGGGGAGCAAUUGCUAUGCCGAAAAUGCUCAAUGAUGAAGCUGUUGAGUAUGAAGAUGGUGUCCCCGCCACAGAGGCUCAGAUGGGUAAAGAUGUUGUGUCAUUCUUGUCUUGGGCAGCUGAACCAGAAAUGGAAGAGAGAAAACUGAUGGGAUUUAAAUGGAUAUUCCUUCUAUCUCUUGCUCUGCUCCAGGCAGCGUACUACAGGCGACUCAAAUGGUCCGUUCUCAAGUCCCGCAAGCUGGUCCUCGACGUGGUGAACUAAAAGUAUUGCGUAGUAAGCUUUUGCAGUGGCUACACACAAGUCCUCUUCAUAUCUCCAUUUUUUCAUGUGACAUAAAAAUCUUCGAUGGGAAGGUGGAGAGACCUCAACUUCUGUUCCUUUUGAGUAUCUAUUGGGAGUUUUAUGAGGAUAAUAACGAAAAUUAAAAACGUCUGCCUCAUAAUCAAACAUGAUUUUUGAGAUUACUAUAUACAUUUCGUGUUGUUACUUCUCUCAGGCCGUUACGCCACGGUUUAUUCAAUAAAGAAUAUCAUCUGUACUCA